AUGGAAACUCAGUUGCUGUGGAGUCCAGAUGUUCUCGCGAAAAUGUAUAAUAUCACCAUGAAUUUCAACGUUAACUAUGCGAAAUGUUUAGUUUCGCUUUCACAAGCAGCACUGAAUGCUGGUCUGCUCCCUCUGCAAAUUCCGCCGACAGGCGUUUUCAAUCAAUUACCAUAUCCGAAUUCGAUUUCACAAAUGGCGCCAUUGGUUGGUCACAAUACCACAAAUUCGGCGAAUGGCAACGAGGAGACACGGAAUUCGAUAAACGAAACCAUCGAACAGCCGGCUGACGAGGCCCAAACUACUAAAACUGCAGAUGGAUUCUCCUGCAAUCAAUGUGGAAAAAUGUUCACUUAUGAAUAUUAUCGCGACAAACAUCUUAAGUACACUCGAUGCGUUGAUAAUGGAAAAAGAAAAUAUCCAUGUGCGAUUUGUGAUAGAUCGUUCGAAAAACGGGAUCGCCUACGAAUUCAUAUUCUACACGUUCAUGAGAAUCAUCGACCACAUGUCUGCACUAUCUGUAGUAAAUCGUUUAGUCAGUCAAGUAGUCUGAACAAGCAUAUGCGGGUACACUCUGGCGAACGACCGUACAAAUGCGACUGUUGCCCAAAAGCAUUCACAGCUUCAUCGAUUCUAAGAACUCACAAAAGGCAACACAGUGGAGAGAAGCCGUUUAUGUGUUCACAUUGUGGAAAAGCUUUCGCUUCGCAUGCAGCUCACGACAGCCAUGUUCGUCGAUCUCAUCUUGCCAAACCGUAA